AUGCCAGCCGGACCAGACGAGACGGAUAAUCACCAAGCUGGCGCCGCCACAGAACAUGUCAUGAAGAACCCCUCCUCCAACACCGAGGGAGGCAGCGACCACCCGCUUCACAACCAAGGUCCACCUAAGGGUGACAAAGUCGAGUUCCGUCAUCAUGAAGCUCAUCCCGGCCCAGCGAUUCCCAAGGACUUCUCGACGCAAGAAGAGGGUACGAAGGAGGAACGUAAGGCCAAGGCUGCCGAGCUGAACAAGUGAUGCCCAAUGGUACUUAUCGCGAGCGCUUUCUUUCUUGGAUCAUAAAUCUGAUGUGAGGAGCAGGCCAUCAAAGAUGUAGGCUGCCAUUGAAUGGAUUUUCGGCAGGGAGAGGGCGUUAUGGAAUGGGCACAAG